CCUGCCUUGUACAUACAACUGACAACCGCGACGGAGUCUUCAGGUUCGUCCGUAGGGGAAAGUAGGACUGGCUCAUUCCUUCACGGUGUUCCAACUAGCCUGAUCCCCUCGUAGACUAGUAUCGCUGCCUGCGGUGGAGUGGCAGCUUCACGGGAUCACGUUUUCCUUCGGAACAGAUGGACCGUGUUUGUUAGUAGCAAACCAUCCGUCUGCAAACCGCCCAGCGCGUCUAGCAGAGGAAACUUGACGGCUUCUUUACGCGGUCCUUAUCUCUCGCCAGACGGCCAACGGCUCUAACGGGCGACCUAGCCUCAUAGCCGGUCCUAACUGAGCCUACUGUUGGCAAUCUCAUUCACUUUGCGAGGGUCAACUUGGGCGGGAUGGCUGAUGCAAUGGCCAUUGAUGGCCCUAGGGGUGAAAAGCGCAAGGCGAGCGUGCUCGGCGAUGAUAGCGGUCAUGCUCCACGUCGGAUCAGGCCACUCGACCCAGACGUUGUCAACAAGAUUGCCGCUGGCGAGAUCAUUGUUGCUCCUGUUCAUGCUCUCAAGGAGCUCAUGGAGAAUGCCGUGGAUGCCGGCUCUACCUCGUUGGAGAUUGUGGUCAAGGACGGUGGCCUCAAGCUGCUCCAAAUCACAGACAAUGGUUGCGGUAUCGACAAGCAGGAUUUGCCCAUUCUAUGUGAACGCUUCACCACCUCCAAGCUGCAAAAGUUCGAGGAUCUUCAGUCCAUCUCAACAUACGGCUUUCGCGGUGAGGCUCUUGCCAGCAUAAGCCACAUUGCACAUCUGACCGUCACCACCAAGACUCAGGAAUCCAACUGCGCCUGGCGUGCUCAUUACGGGAGUGGAAAGCUGGUCCCCGCGAAACCCGGCCAGUCGCCCGAUCCGAAGCCCGUCGCUGGACGACAAGGCACGCAAAUUACCGUCGAAGAUCUGUUCUAUAACAUUCCAACCCGCCGGCGCGCCUUUCGAUCUACCUCUGACGAAUACAACAAGAUCAUCGACAUGGUUGGCCGCUAUGCUGUACAUUGUUCGCACGUUGCUUUCUCGUGCAAAAAAUACGGCGAGUCAUCGACAAGCAUUGCCAUUCAGGCCAAUGCUUCGAGUACCGACAGAAUCCGGCAGAUAUACGGAGGCAGCGUCGCCAAUGAACUCAUCGAAUACUCCACAUCCGAUGACCGCUGGGGCUUCAAGGCUCAGGGCUUGGCGACUAACGCCAACUACAGUCUCAAAAAGACAACUCUGCUGCUCUUCAUCAACCAUAGAUGUGUCGAGUCUUCCAACAUUCGAAAGGCAGUUGAGCAAACAUAUGCUUCCUUUCUCCCCAAGAACGGCCACCCUUUUGUCUACCUCAGCCUAGAAAUUGCCCCUGAGCGGGUCGAUGUCAAUGUUCACCCUACGAAACGCGAAGUGAACUUCCUCAAUGAACAUGAGAUCAUCCAGGCCAUCUGCGAGCACAUCCGAUCAAAGUUGGCUGCUGUCGACACUAGCCGAACUUUUCUCACCCAAACCCUUCUCCCUGGUGGCACAUGGUCGGCCUCAGAUCAACAAGCGUCUUCAAGCACACCAUCCAAGACCAGCGGUGCGGCUUCAGGAGCCCGCAAGACCCCAGCACGCAAUGAAUCCAGUCUUGUGCGGACUGAUACCAACAUGCGUAAGAUAACCAGUAUGUUACCGCCGGCGUCAACCAUGGCAGCAGGAUCAAGAGGAGAUGAAAUUCCCUCCACGUCUGGCGUCAAAGCAACCAUUAAUGGCACAAACAUGGACGUUGAGAUGAUCAAGUACGAGACAGUCGAGCGUGAGGCUACUGCCUGUCGCUUGAUCAGUGUACGCGAACUGCGCGCCGAAGUCCGCGAAGAGAUGCACCACGAACUGACCGAGAUCUUUGCCAAUCACACCUUUGUCGGAAUUGUAGAUGAACGUCGUCGUCUUGCUGCCAUCCAGGGUGGUGUAAAGUUGUACCUGGUUGACUAUGGACGGGUAUGCUAUGAAUACUUCUAUCAACUGGGGUUGACGGAUUUUGGUAACUUUGGUACCAUACGUUUCGAUCCGCCUCUCGAUCUUCGAGAGCUGCUGAGCAUGGCCGCCGAAUCCGAGAGAACGGCAACAGCAGAUGCAACUGGAAGAGUGGAUAAAGAUGGAGAUGAUGAGAUGGACGUAUCCGAAAUCGUCGAGUUGGUGGCAGAUCAGUUGGUUGAACGGCGAGAGAUGCUUCUCGAGUAUUUCUCCUUUGAAAUAUCUCCGGCCGGCGAGCUGCUAAGCAUCCCACUACUGAUCAAAGGCUACACGCCGUCCAUGGCCAAAUUGCCGCGUUUCCUUUUGGAGCUUGGGCCGCGUGUAGACUGGUCAGAAGAGAAGGCCUGUUUCGAGGGCUUCCUCAAAGAACUGGCCAUCUUCUAUGUCCCUGAGCGAUUACCAGCGACGAUCGGUACUGAUGAUCUAUCGUCUGUGCAAGGUGGUGACAAGGAUGUCGAUGUCGAAACAGUUGCUCGCAGACACCAUGUUCGGUUCGCAUUGGAACAUUAUCUUUUUCCGGCUUUCAAAUCGAGGCUUGUGGCGACCAAGUCGCUCAUGCAGACGGGCAUUCUCGAGGUCGCGAACCUCAAGGGCUUGUACAGGGUAUUCGAAAGAUGUUAAUACCUGUCGAUACCAAUAAGCUUAUCAGCACCAUAAUAAGAUACGUCACAUAUUCGACUUGAACUAUAUGAGUAGCCGACAUGUUCGUUUCCUUGAUCUGUUACCUGAUGGCUAUGCGGGACUAUAGUCGUACUAACGUCCUCCAUCAGAGUCGGCCCCGAAUUUUGAUUUCCAGCCACCUCAAAGGUAGAUAAAACAAGCCCGUCAACACAAAAGCCACCUCAACCCCGAUAUCCCCAGUGCUCUUUGCAAUCGGGCCAACAUACCACGACUGCGCCAUCCCCGGGACCACCAGCGCCCAACUCAGCAUCGAGGCACCUAAGGCCGCCAACCCAGGUGGCAACUCCCUCCCCACGUUCCAGAUAGCUUGAUCAAAGGUCGCAUAGUCCAUUCUUCUAAACACCACCAAUUCCAGUAUCAAAACAAUAUCAAAGCACGCAGACCAAUACCCAAUGAUACUGAGGAAAUUGAUCAAACUAGUCUCCCACUUCAUGGCCGCUUUGAUCGCCAUCGGGAUCAUAACCGCCAUCGUCACCAGGAUAAACACGAAGCGGUGGACCCUUAAUUUGAAGGGCAACGGCGGCAUCAACAUUUCGAGGUUCAACGAGAUGGUAUACAUGGAGAUGGCAAUGUUUCCAAUCACGCUGAGCGCAAGCACCACCAGCACGAAUUUGCCGAACCCGCCCGCGGGAGCAAGCAUCUCCAUCAUCACGCCCCCGAUGCCCGUCGAAGCGUAAGCG